UUUCCUGACACUCGGCAAGCUGGAGGAAGCAAGGGGAAAACUCCAUUAAAAAGCCCAGCUUUCCUCCAUGUUAGAUGUGAAGUGGAAAAUGGGGAAGAUUCAGCAAACUUCCACUGUGUCUUCAGCCAGGCUGGAAAGGGGGAGAGCAGAGUGAAACCCUCAAGCUGUUGAAAUUUCCAGAUUGGCAGGAAAUCCCUAGAAUUCAGUGAAAAUGAGGGUUUCUUAACUCAAACUGAUAGGGAAAAGGGACAGUCCCUUUGAAUAAUUCUCCCAAGUCAGUGUGUGUGUUAACUUUCCUUACCAGUAUGAUAAGCAAGAGGGCAUAUGCCAGCUGCCAAGGACGAAUUUGUAUGAUCCCAGGUACCCAAAGUAAGGCAAAGUGAUCUCAAGCCUGCCGCUGGCUGCCCGCUGCUCCAUGGGCUUUGCGAGAAGCAGGAGAAGCAACAGCAGCAGCUCAGUCACCACAGCUGGAGCCGCAAGAAUGAACUGCAAGGAGGGAAAUGACAGCAGCUGCAGCUGCGGGGGCACCGAAGAAGAGAAGAAGAUGUUGAAGUGUGUGGUGGUGGGGGACGGUGCUGUGGGGAAAACCUGCCUGCUGAUGAGCUACGCCAAUGAUGCCUUCCCAGAGGAGUAUGUGCCCACCGUGUUUGACCACUAUGCAGUUACUGUGACAGUGGGAGGCAAGCAACACUUGCUCGGACUGUAUGACACCGCAGGACAGGAGGACUACAACCAGCUGAGGCCUCUCUCCUACCCCAACACUGAUGUGUUUUUGAUCUGCUUCUCUGUCGUCAAUCCUGCCUCUUACCACAAUGUCCAGGAGGAAUGGGUCCCGGAGCUGAAGGACUGCAUGCCACACGUGCCUUACAUCCUCAUAGGGACCCAGAUUGAUCUCCGCGAUGACCCGAAAACCUUGGCACGUUUGCUGUAUAUGAAAGAGAAACCUCUCACUUACGAACAUGGUGUGAAGCUUGCAAAAGCGAUCGGAGCACAGUGCUACUUGGAAUGCUCGGCGCUGACUCAGAAAGGUCUCAAAGCAGUGUUUGAUGAAGCAAUCCUCACCAUUUUCCACCCUAAGAAAAAGAAGAAAUGCUGCUCUGAGUGUCACAGCUGCUGUUCAAUUAUCUGAGGUGGCUUGAGACCCACCUCCGCCCCCUCUAAGGGUGAGAAUGGCAGCCAACCUCUGCGACCAAGCUCAAGCCAAUCCGGAGGGCAUGACCAGAGAAGAAAGCCUUUCACACAGAGGCUUCUUCUCCACCCUGUGAGCCCCCCAGCACAGCACACUAGCCAGCCAGCUGCCACGUCCUCCCGACCAGCCAGAAGCGUCCACGUUGCACACUCUACAAGAAUGCUGAGCCCGGGUUUCAGCCAGUGCCACUGCUGACCACUUUGGAAACAAAGUCAAAGCCAUCUUGCAUCUCCCCCAUCUCAUAAACGUGAAGCUCACAGGAAACCAUGGCAGUUUCCUAUCCAUUGUACUGGUGGCCUUACUUGAUGUCUUUUACAAAACAUGGGAAUACAAUACUAACCUCUUUUUCUGAA